CUGGAACUAAAUAAAUAUAAAUACAUUUAAAUAUUAACAUAACAUCUUUUUUAAUUACAAAUUAUCUUAAUAGGAUAAAUUACAUAGGGAAUAUAUUUUUAAAUGAGCUGGAAAUUAGUGUAUGUAUAAAUACCAAACCAAUUAAAGGAAAACUUUAGUUCAAACUUAUCAAAGCUAACCACAGCAAAUAAUAAUAAAGAUGUAUAAAUUCGUAUUUUUAACAUUUGUUGUUCUUGUUUCUUCAAGUGAUGACAAAGAUUUGCCACCAAAUUUUCCGAAAUGUUACAGAGACUGGCCGAUAGAAAAAUUCGACGAUUGCAUGGUAAAAGCCACGGAAAUUUUGCAACCCAUAUUGAGAGUGGGGGUGAAAAAGUUGGGAUUUCCGCCCUUAAACCCUCUACUGCUACCUGAGGUUACUUUGGAACAAGAAGGCAACACGGCUGCAUACAAGGCCUAUGUCACAAAUUUUGCGUUGUAUGGUCUGGACAAUUACAACUUUAAAAAAAUACAUUUUGAUUGGAAAAAACACUACGCAGUGGUGGAGGUGGAUUUUGAUCAGGUUUACAUAACAGGGAUCUAUGUUUUUAACGGAAAACUAUUGCAGAUACCCUUAGAGGGACAAGGAGACUUCAAGGCUAACAUAACAAAGGCAACUCAAAAAACAAUCAAAGAUAACAUUGCAGACCUAGUCGAAACACUUAAACCAGCAGUAGUAGAAGUUAUCAUAAGUUUAUUCAAAAACGUAUACUUCAAAGAAAUGGACUCUAUUCCCUAUGACACUCUAUUUCCAAAAACCAAAAAAUAA